ACGCACCGGACGCGUUGCUCGCCGUUUCUGUCGCAUCGCACACGCCAUGUCGUGCAUUGUCAGCUGCGAUUCUUCGCGGAUGGACGACGUGAACGUGACCACCGUUUUACUGGUAUCAGCCAACGACAGACGAAAAUCCGUCGUCGUCAACUUGCGCCGUCAUCGGUCCUCGUCCAACAGUUGGAUCUCAAUGUGGUCGGUUUUCGAUUUUUUGAUGAUUUUGUGCAUUUGCAUUGCACAGCUAUCAGCGAAAGGUACAGUUAUGAACACACAGUGUAUUACUAUUGAUAACUGCUGUGUUCGCAACAUGACCAACUUUUGGAAACAUAAAACUGAGUUGCAUUGUUCGAGGAUUCAACAUAUACCGGUUGUUGAUGAGAUAAUACACGUGCUAACUAUUGACGAUUCAGACGAUAUUAAAGAGUUAACAGAAAAAUCGAUUAGCCCAUACAAUAACCUUACAGAUAUAAUAUUAAGCAACAUGAAAAAUUUAGAAUAUUUGGAUCCAUCAACUUUCAAAAACUUAAAUAAAUUGCAAUCAUUGUAUAUAUUGCGAGCUAGUGCUUUGAAAGAACUAUCUACCGAUAUAUUUCAUGGUCUUUCAAAAACUUUUUUAGUACUUCGUAUAAGUAAAGCAAAUCUUAAGGUCAUUCCUGAUCUUUCAGACCUUGGAACUCCGACUGCAAUGCACAUAAUUGAAUUUGAAGGGAAUCAAUUGGACACAUUACCAACGAAUGGAAUUAAAACUCGAGCAGAACAAUUGUUAUUGGAAUAUAAUAAAAUAAGUGAAGUAGAAAAUUGGGCGUUCAAUGGUUCUGAAAUAGCAAAACUAAGUUUGAGAGGAAAUUAUUUAGACUUUUUGUCUGAACACAGUUUUGAUGGAAUUUUGAACUUACGGACACUAGAUUUAUCACAUUCCUCAAUGAAAGUAUUACCAACAUCGGGAUUGAAAAGCUUAGAGGUACUUCGCAUAGAAAAUACUCCUUCAAUGACAGUAAUUCCAUCAGUUUAUUUAUUUGGUAAUUUAAAAGAAGCUUAUCUCACUUAUUCAUUUCAUUGUUGCAGUUUUCAGUUUCCAGCUAAACAUGAUUAUUCAUCUUAUGAGUUUCAUAAAGAAGACUCACAAUCUCCGAGUGAAUGCGCACAAACGAAAAAAAAUUACGACUUUCAUGUGGUUUCCAGUGAUUUUAUUGAAAACGGUUAUAUAGACUAUGCAAACGAUAGCGAAGAAGAGUUUUUUAACGAGCCGGCCAUAACAAAUAGUACUCAGAACAUUAUAUGCGGCAAUAUUACUCCACCUACCAUGAGAUCUGAUGUCAAAUGUUGGCCACAACCAAACGCAUUAAAUCCUUGCGAAGAUAUAAUGGGUUUCUAUUGGCUUAGAGUGUGCGUUUGGCUAGUGGGAAUCGCAGCAUUACUGGCAAAUGUAGUUGUACUGUUGGUGGCUUUCCGUAAAAAGUUUAAUUACUCCGUGCCCAGAUUUUUGAUGAGCAAUUUAGCUUUUGCCGACUUUUGUACUGCCAUUUAUUUGUUGCUAUUAGCCUAUGAGGAUUUGGUGUCCAGUGAAAAAUAUUUCAACUACGCUUAUUCAUGGCAAAACGGCGUUGGAUGUAAAAUCGGAGGUUUCUUGACGGUUUUUUCGUCUCAACUAUCGGUUUUCGCGUUAUGCUUGUUAACGCUUGAACGGUGGUACUCAAUACGCAGGGCACUGUACACAAACAAAAUGACGUUCGCUUCAACUGUGAGAAUAAUGGCUUUUGGUUGGGUGUAUUCAAUUGUAAUGGCAACCAUGCCGUUGUUGGGCAUUUCAAGUUAUUCUACUACCAGCAUCUGCCUGCCGAUGGACACCGCGCGCCCGAGCGGCAUGUGCUACGUAUUCACUCUGUUGUCGUUCGCUGCGGCCGCGUUCCUGCUGAUGCUGUUUUGUUACGUGCAGAUCUACAUGUCCCUGAGCUACGAGACCCGACACGCGGCCAAGGGCGAAGCGUCCGUGGCCCGCAAGAUAUCCGUGUUGAUCGGCACGAACUUCGCGUGCACCGCCCCCGUCAUCUUCUUCGGCUUCACCGCACUUCUAGGCUAUCCGCUCAUCGACGUCACCAAGUCUAAAAUACUGCUCGUCUUCUUCUACCCCAUCAACUCCUGCGCCAACCCAUUCCUCUACACCAUACUCACGGCCAGUUUCAGACGCGAAGCCUUCUCCACCGUCACCAAGUUCGGUCUCUGUUUGGAGAAUGAGAAAGAAUAUAAAGUGAUUUAUUCAACGCAAACCAACAACACCCAACGUUUAACUCCGAUGCACAAACACACAUUGUCGUUGACGUUGCCACAGCCCUGAUUG